AUGGUGAAUAGCAAAGUGGUUGUACCCCAGAUUGUCUUCAAGUACAGCCCGUUCAAGUACUACAUGAGUAAGCUGCGUAUGUGGAAGCUCAGAUGGACGUGGGAUCGCAGCUUUAAGGAGCGCGACUUUGUGGAGGAGUCCAAGAAGGCAGCUGUCUCGCUGACCGAUAUAAUACGUAUGCGUGAUAUGAAAAAUAUUGACAAGUUUUCGACCUCAAACGUGUACUAUCAAAUGGCUACCGAAUCCGUUAACUUUCCACACAAAUCCUUUUCGCAAUUGUUGCGAUUCCGCAAGCAGGACAUACGUCAGGCAGUUCCCAUCAAUGUGCAUCUGCAUGAUAUACUGGGACUGCGGUAUGCACUCAUCGAUGUUGUUUUUGUUGGAUUGCGUCAUGUGGCCGACUGCGAGACGAGUUCGGAUCUUGAGAUAAUGAAAAAUGCGCUUAUUGAAAUGGAGCCGGAGCUAAAGCCACAGCUAGAAGAUCCCGGUUGCCAAUUGCCCUAUGUUUUCGUUGAACUUUUUAUGCGAUUCAGGCGAAACUAUUCGAAUGCUGAACAAAUUUCUGGAGCAGAGUUGCAAAACCACACAAACCGUUGGCUGGUCUCCGUAUACAAAAUUUGCAGAUUCAAUAUAUUCACCGUGCCUCCUGCUAUAUAA